AUGGUAAAUACCGCACCCUACUCGAGAGCGAUAAGAUCGAUACCUUCGCAUCCACGGCCUACCUCUGCUCUGGAAACCUGUUUGCUGAGACAGAAGGGUUCAUAUCUGCUAUCCAAGAUCAGUUCAUCGCAACUAAAGUAUAUAAAAGAAACAUAA